AUAGAUGAUGGUAGUUACUUGUAUCAUGGAGUUAAUAUACUAAUUAUGAUUUUUGAUUGAGUAGGCAGUUUUUUUGAAUUUGUAUUAAUUUUUUUAGUGGAUUAAAAGUACGCGAUCAUAAGAGAUUGUUUUUUUCGAUAUUGAUAAAAAAAAAACGAUGUGCUUUGCUUCGUUUGCAGUUACUUUGCACUUGUUGAUACAACAUGUCGUCUACUUUGAUCUAGAACAUGAUGGGGUGAUUCACUCAUGGACUGAAGUUCAUGAAAUAAUGAAGUCUUGUUUUAUGAUGACUCAAUGCUCGAAUUUGUCUUAAAUAUACCGUUACCGGUUGGUUGGCCGGCCUGUCUUGUGAAACAAGCGUCAUAGAUUGCUUCAUCAACAAAAAAGCGUCCGUGACAACCACCAUCCAACAUCAUAGGAAAUAGUAUACACAACAACGGUAUACGUCCAUAUAUGCAAUCUUCCGACCUUCAUUUAGUUUCUACCAGUGACGUCAUCCCAGCGCUGUUCCUCCGCCAUAAAAGUUUACCUAUGUGCGACACUCAGCGAAUAAUUGAGAGAACGAAGUCACGGAUUAAGUUAGACAAUCCAGGAAAAAAUGUACGAGAAUAUGUGUACGACCGUGUUGUUGGUCCUAGCGUCUGUUUUCCAACUUUCAAUUGGCAUCGAUUUUCUAGUGAAACCGGACGAAAAUGUGCGGGUUCUCGUCGGUAGCACAGUUACGCUACGGUGUUCUUUUUCAAAUAAAGGUAAUUUUGACAUUUACUGGUUCAAAGCGGACACAAUGACUUACAUAUCAUUUGAAAGGAGUUUUUACAUGUCUAUGCCUCGAUAUCGAGUGAUUGGUAACGUAGGUGAGUACAAUCUUCAAAUAACAAACAUUCAGGUAUCUGAUGAAGGUGAAUACCGAUGCGGAUACUUUCCAGCUAAUUCCCAAUUUCGAUUUGCGAGAGCUAUCAUUGUCGUCCUAGUAAAACCGAGUAUAGGGUCGCCUAUGUGCUCGACACGUACAUCCGCCCCCAUGCUAAGGCCAGGUGAUUUAGUCAGCUUGGUAUGCAAAUCAUCAGGUGGUCGACCCCCAGCGUCACUAAGAUGGUUCCGUGGGGAGCAGGCAAUUGGUGUAUCACGAAUUACUACAAAUGAAGUAUCGCCCGUCCUACAGCCGGAGGACAAUGGACGUCAGUUCGUUUGCAAGCUGAGUCAUGAAACGUUGAACAAGCCAAGAACGUGUAGUAUCGUACCGUUAAAAAUUCUACCUGUCGUUAUGGUGCAACCAGAUGCACUGACAGUUGACGUCGGUCAGGAUGCAUCGUUCCGAUGUAACGCAAAUGGCAUUCCUAGAAUUAAAAAAAUUACAUGGUUAAUAAACAAUACUAUGGUAAAUAACGGGAUGGAUGGUCGCAUAUUUCUACAAGAUAACUCGUUCGUCCUAGUGAUUAAAAACGUGACGCUUAGGGACGAUAACACUUUGGUAACGUGCAAGGCAACAACGCCAACUGGAUUAGCAAACAUGGACUCAGGAAUAUUAUUCGUAAUUAAAGAUUACAAACCAUCAACGACACUUCUCACAACGCAAUUACAGACAACUGAACAAUUUACCACGGGUUAUCAAGAAAACGAGUUUAUAAAUGCUAAAGAAAACAAUAAAAAGCAGAUAUUUGGUGCAAUUUUUGGCUCUGUUUUAGCUUUUUUAUUUGUGGCAACAAUUUUGUUUAUUACCGUCCGUUUGUGUGUGCGACGGCGGAAGAGGAGACCAGUUAGUGAAAUGAAUAUGUCUCAAUUGCGAGGUAACGGAUCUGUGUAUUCGAUGACUAAUGACUAUGGCCCAGCACCGACUGUCACAGAUCCUGUGCCCAAUCAAUACAAAACACUAGGCACUGACGGAAAACUCCCCUCCGUAUAUCAGAAUCUGAUUGGUAACUCCGUACAAUCUGCAUCCGUGUCGCAGGUAGUAGGCUAUACUAGCGAAAUACCGAACGUAGACAAUGAAGGAAGCGGAGAGUACUACGAAGUUGUUGCAAAAAAUGAUGACAAUGAUAAUGAUAUCAAUGAUUAUGAAACACUGGGACGUGAUAGUAAUGGUAUCAUAGGCCGUACUCCUCCAGAACGGCGGUACGAUACACCUUGUUCGAUGUUGUUUUCAGUAAACAACCAAAAUACUGACAGGAUAGUGUCGGAGGCCUACGACGGCACAUACGAAAUUCCAACGGCUUUAAAAUCACAGGAUCUUCGACAAUCGGAUACACUUGACAGUAAAGGUUACGUAUGUCCAAAACAGCUUUACAUAUCCACAGACCCUAUGGCCAGAUCGAAUGAACAUUUACUAGGUAAUAGCUGUGACGGCGGCAAAGAACCAUUAGAAGACUAUGUUGACAUGGACAAAAGUAAUCGAACGACUAUCAUCUACCAGCAGUCAAUAAACUCUGGUGAAUAAAAUAUUUGAUAAUAGUUUUGGUAAUAAUACUCGACAGAAACGAAAUAAUAUAUUCUGAACUUUCAAUAACUGUAAAAAUAAUUUUCAAAAAACAAUUAAAAUAAAAAUUUAGUUCCGUAUUUUGCCUCUCUCCUCAGGCUGGCCAAAAACUUUGUGUUUUAUGUUGUUUUUUUUUUUUUGCGGGGGGGGGUUCUGUUUUUGCUUAUCAUUUAUUAUGCCAUUAAUUUUCUGUUUUCUUUGUUUUUAAUUAAUUUAUAGUCAUAUAAUUAUAGUAUAUAUUCCAAUUUUUGUUUUAUGUAUUUAGGGUCCUUAAUGCUCAGCUUAUGCUGGGUGGACCACCCUCACAAAAUAUUGUUGAAUUAAGUAAAUAAAUAAAGUCAAGCAUUUAACUCAGUAUCUUAAUGGCAUUAGGUAAAGGUAUAAACAUAAAAUCGUAGUAUAAUCGUAGGAAGAAAAGCUCUGUGGUGUUGAAAGACUGUAAGGUAUUCUUUCAGUAUAUUUAGGCAUUUCCUCUGCACAUUACAGUAAUAUUAUAUUAUUUUUGCUAAAUUUUUCUUAUAGGCAUAUGAGUAUUACUAUCACAUUAACUUUUAUCGUUACUAUAAAUAAUACUAAAGUCAAUAUAGCCCACCUUAAACUGAUGAUUACAAGAUGACUUUGUAUAUUACGUAUAUUAAGUAUUGACGUUUACAAUUUCUUUAAAAUGAUUGUGUCAUCCUGGAUAAAGAUAUUAGUAAAUAAAUAAAUAAAUAAAACCAAAGAGAUUUAAACACUUUCACCCAGCUUCUAUAAUAUUCUCAUUUUAUUACUAUUAUCAAAGGUAAUAUUAUUUUUAAUAUGACUAUUAUUUAUGCAAAUAAAUUAAUUUUGCUACUAUGUAUAACGAUUAUCAUUGUUGUCAUUACAAUUAUUACUAAUUAAGAUAUCGUAUUAAUAUUGUAGAGAAGAAUAGGAAUAAGAUGUUAAAAAGCGUACGGAUGAUUUCAUAACGUUCGCAACGUUCUACGCAAAUCAUUGAUCUUUCGUUACAUAUUGUAGCAUUAAACAUAAGUAGGCCUACACCUGACUUAUGUAAUCACACAACAUGACAUAAUUAUUAUUCACACACGAAUACCGAUGUUAUCCAAUUAAACUUGUAAUAAUGCAGUUUGUGGGGGAAAAGUGUGAUGCGUAUGCGUAUGAUUGUAUCCUACACACCCGUUAGAGUAACAUCCUCAAGUUAUUACGUAUAUUGUUGUUAAAUUAUUUACACAAUUGAUUUAAACACAGUGUAUGCAUUUACCCACGAUGUGUGCGCUACGAGUGUCAAAUGAUAAUCAUUUCAGCUAUUGCAAUGCUACCCACCUAUGGUUUACACAGUACUCUUAAGCGAAGUGUUGUCUCAAAAAAAUAUAUAAAUAAAUAAUCCAAUUUUCAGAAAUUUGAAAAAUAACACAUAACAGAUCGGUACGGUUCAUUUACACGUUUUCCAGCAAAGCAUAAUUCGUUUUAUGUAAAAAUGAGAAUGAAUUUAAUCUUUUAAAUUAUUGAUACUGGGUAUCUUGUUCAGUAGAAAUCUACUGUGCCCCCACAGUAGAUAUCUACUCAUAAUAAAACUUAGGGAGUGGAGUUGUUUCAAUUUGUGACGAAAAAGCUAUCACAUAAAAAUUGAAGCUGGAGAAUUAUAGAAGGGAAUCAUUUUAAAUAUAAAUUUAAAAUCGUCCCACCAAAUCCGAUGUACACUUUUUUUUAUAAGAACACUGAGGCGGAAAUUGCUUGAAAAAUAAGAGGCUGAGAUAAAAUAAAAAAUAAAUAAAUAAAUAAAAGACAAUUUUUUUUAUUCCUUAUGUGCAGUAGGUGUGACAAUGUAAUACCCUCUAUAAUUCAGUACAGUAAUAUCACUGCUGUACAAUAGUAAUUUAAAAUGUGUGUAAAAUAAGAACAAAAUAAUAAUAUGAGCCUGAAAUUGGCAAAACAGUUAGAACAAUGAGUUUCAAUAGUCUUUAUUUUAGAAAAAAAAUAUGUUAUUACGUUCAGUCUUGUUUAUCCCAUUAAUAGCAAUGCUUUUUAUUAGUCAGUUUACUUUCUAGACUAGAAAAAUAUUUUGAGAAAACUUAUUGUUGUUAACUUGUUUUAAACUUUAAGAAUCAAACGGCAAAAAUGCAUUGUUCUGUCACAAUCUGUAAUAAAAAAAACUUCCUUCCUAGGUCAAAUACCUGUACAAUUUCCGUUAAGUACCAUUUACAUAUUGAGGUCCCUUGCUCAGAUUACACUCAUCAAAACAAUAAUAUUUGAUCCGACAUUGCAUAAUGAAGUGAGAGACUCAUCUGACUUCUGAACAGACAUUUACACUGAAGAAAUAUCACUCCAUUAUCACAUAGAUCGUCUGAAAAAAACGUUAUCUGUUGAGUCAUAAUUGGUCGUAAAGUGCUCUUCUGAAAUUGUUUUAAUAGUGGUUAAUGUCUACAUUAUUUUUAGCGUUUUUAGUCUGUAUUAUAUCAGUUUUAUAUAACGCAUACUGCGAAUGCUUCGUUGUAUAAUGAUACUAAGCAUAUUUCCUCGGCUCGGUCCCUGGACAGAGAUUCACAGGGACCGAACUCAUUGUGACAAUACCAGCUAUAGCUCAUUAUUAUCAAACUCCUAACAGUUUUAAAUAAUUACUAAAAAAAAAUUUCGUUAUUGUGCAAAGAAGUCAAUACAAUUAUAAACACUUCAAAUUUUAUACAAUCUAGUAACAAUAAACGUAUAGGCCUACUUCCUUAUUUCAGAAAGCCAAUAUUUGUUCAGUUAUCAUUUUUUGAACUAUGACAUGCAUGGCCUAUUUUACAAACAGUUAUUAGGCCUAUUGUCAAUAGAUUUAUUAAUUGUUACUUAGGCAUAUAUCAUUUUAGCAGUAUUUUGGGAG